UCAAGGGGCUCACUGAACCUUGUAUAAACUCUUUUGACUCAUCUUAAAAACAAAUGAUUUAGUUCUACAAUUUUCUACCAUUUAUAAACUGUUAAAAAGACUCAGGGCAGGGAAAUCUCUGUGCAUGGAGCCCACAGGCAGAAGCCUAAGGAUGUUUAUGGACUUAAUGUUGCCUGGUAAUUGCUAGCAUUUAUCCCAGCUUCCCCUCUGUGACCCAAGAAGUAAUUAAAAUAGAUUAGAAGAAGUUGUCAGUAAAACCUCUCAAUCUUUAUGUUUUCUUUUCCUGGUAAAAAACAGGUUUCGGUGGAUUACAACAUUUGAAUUCAACCAAAGUUCCAUUUGAAACUAUGAUUUUAAGAGGCAAAAUAUUUCUUUAUGCCUAAAUAGAUGUGAGACUCGUCUCCUUCAGGAAUCAUCUCAGCUGACCUGUGACUACAAAAUGUGACAUUUACAAUUAUGACAUAAAGACACAUCAACAACCAACUGGCGAGUCUGGACCUGCCUGGUUUGACAUCGACUUCUGGGAACCCACUGUUAUGUAAACAGCACAAACGGUUUAAUGGGUUCUUCCUCCAGCAGGAGCAGCAGUUGUGUGUGGGCGUAGUACAAGUCUUACGGGAAGACUUGAGCCCCACAUGCCUGAGAUUUUUUGUCCCCUUGUUUUCAGCCAUGCUGGGAAAGAGACUCCUCAGUUCCACAGCAGACAUGACUGCAGUGAGGACAGUCCUGAUUCUGUGGCUCUGUGUUUUCAUCUGCCUUCCAGCUGAGACUUCUGGUGCGCUGGUUAUUUCCAGGAGUGAUGUUCUUACUCAGGAGGACGGACCAACCUCCGACAUCAAGUCUGUCAAGGUGAAACGAAGCACGGACUCUGCUGAUAUGGUGGAAGUGCAGAGCGUUAAAAUUGCCUGUGCAGUGAUGUCACGUUUUGCCCGUACCGUCAUGACCUCGAUUGCUCUGAACAAGGCGAACUCCUCACAGGAAGUCUUCUUCAAAGUGGAGCUGCCGAAAACUGCCUUUAUCUCUAAUUUCAGCAUGGAAAUCGAAGGUCAGGUGUAUGUUGGGCAGGUGAAGGGGAAGGAGAAAGCCAAGCAGGAGUACGACAAAGCCGUCUCCUCAGGGAAGACUGCAGGACUGGUCAAGGCCUCUGGCAGGAAGAUGGAGAGUUUUUCAGUGUCUGUCAACAUUGCAGCUAAAAGCACGGUGACCUUCGUUUUGACCUAUGAGGAGCUUCUUCAGAGGAAACUGGGCAAAUAUGAAAUUUUAACACGGGUUCAACCAAAGUCACUGGUGCAAGACUUUCAGAUUGUAGCAGACAUCUAUGAACCUCAGGGCAUUUCAUUUGUUGAUGCCACUGCGACUUUCCUCUCCAAUGACCUGCUACCUUUAGUUAAAAAAACUGUCAGCGAUAAAAAGGCCCAUAUUUCCUUCUCCCCCACUGUGGAGCAGCAGAGAAACUGUUCGGGAUGUGAAGCCACCAUCAUAGACGGCGACUUUAUCAUCAAUUAUGACGUGAGAAGAGAAGCAGGCCUCGGUGAAGUGCAGAUCGUCAACGGAUACUUUGUGCACUUCUUUGCCCCCCCAGACUUGCACAGAGUUCCAAAGAACGUGGCGUUCGUGAUCGACAGGAGCGGAUCAAUGAGUGGAACGAAGAUGAAACAGACUCGAGAUGCAAUGGUUGCCAUCCUGAAAGACCUCCAUGAAGAAGACCACUUUGCUCUCAUCUUAUUUGAUGACAACAUUAAAACCUGGAAGAACCAUCUGACCAAGGCAACAAAGAACAACAUUACUGAGGCCAUUGAAUACACCCAGGGGAUCAGAGACAGUGGAGCCACUGAUAUCAAUAGAGCCGUACUAAAGGCCGUGGAAAUGUUGAAGAAAGAACGAUCCCAGGACAAGGUUCCAAAGAGGAGUACAGACAUGAUCGUUUUACUAACUGAUGGAAUGCCAAACUCUGGUGUUUCUAACCUGGGAAAGAUCCAGGAGAAUGUGCGCUCUGCUGUCGGGGGAAACAUGUCUCUGUUCUGUCUUGGAUUUGGAAACAAUGUGGAUUACUCCUUCCUGGAUGUGAUGAGCAAACAAAACAAAGGACUAGCGCGCAGAAUAUAUGAAGCUUCAGACGCAACACUUCAACUACAGGGUUUCUAUGAGGAGGUCGCCAGCCCGCUGCUAUUAGACAUUGACCUUCGUUAUCCUGACAAUGCAGUAGAGUUCUCCACCAAAAACAGCUUCACCCACCUGUUUAAUGGCUCAGAGAUCGUGGUGGCCGGUCGGCUGCAUGACAACAGUGUGGACAACUUCCUGGUUGAAGUCUCCGGAGAAGGGUCUGAAAAGAAUUACCAAGUGCAGGGAAAGCCAGGUGUACCGAAAUGGGACGUGACGUAUCCAGAGGACGAAUAUAUAUUUGGAGAUUUCACAGAACGUCUGUGGGCCUAUCUGACCAUUCAGCAGCUGCUGGACAAGAGUGAUGUUGGUUCUAAGGGACAACAAGAUGUUGCAAAUGCCAAGGCGUUGAACAUGUCUCUGCGGUACAGCUUCGUCACCCCGCUCACUUCAUUGGUGGUCACCAAACCUGAGGCCGAGGCCGGGACCAACAAAACUCUCCUUGCAAACAAGCUGACUGAAAGUGAACGACAGAAGGAAGAGAAAAAUCCACGUAUGACGAAUGCAAACACAGUACCCGACCAACUGAGUCUUGCAAGCUCGCCAAAUCAUUUUAGAAGUGGAAUUAGGGGUCAUGGUCAAGGAGGAGGAGGAGUAGCUGCAAAACGAAGAGUAGGUGGAAUAAGAAGAGGCGGAGGAGGCGGAGGAGGUAGAGGAGGAGGAGGAGGAGGAGGAGUGGAUGGAGAUCCUCAUUUCCUGAUAGAGGUACCAGAUAGAGAUGAUGCUCUGUGCUUCACCAUCACUGACAAACCAGGAACUAUUUUCUCUUUGGUCAGAGACCCCAAAUCAGGUUUUGUGGUGAAUGGCCAAAUUAUAGGUGUGAAGGGUAGAAACAACAACACAUAUUUUGGGCGUCUUGGCAUUAGCCACCCAGAGCUGGGAGUGAGGCUGGAGGUGAGCACUGACAACAUAUCUGUCUUCCAUGAUGGCAAGAAUGUCACACUGCUCUGGUCGGACACAGAGUUGAUCAAAGAAGCAAAUUCUCCCAGUUUGGACCUCAGACUAACGGAGAACAGCCUGAACGUGACACUGAGGCACUUUAUCAAAUUCGUGAUCGUCAAACACACAAAGAUGUGGAAGAGACGCCACGAUCAGCAGGACUACCUGGGCUUUUACACCGUGGACAGCCACCAUGUAUCUAAGACAGUCCAUGGUUUGCUUGGCCAGUUCUACCAUGAGGUUAAGUUUGAGGUGGAAGGUCUCAAUCCACAAGAAGUUCAGGAGAAAGAAGACGCGUUCUUGCAUUUCAAGGGCCAAACAAUUAAAGUUAGCAGGCACAUACAGAAGGACUUCAGCAAGGAUGUGGUAAACGGGGAGAAGGUUCCCUGCUGGUUUGUUGACAGCAGUGGAUCAGGACUGGUUGAUGGGCAACUCUCAGACUACGUCCUAUCUGGGCUUUUUGAUUAAGUUUAAUCCUUAAAACAUUAAAAAGUCACCAUUAAGUCUUCAAGAACAACAGGGAUGAUGGCUGUGUAUACACAAUAAGAAAAUCUAGCAGUGUGAGGUUUAGAAGAUACAAUCUGAUGUACAAACACAUUUUUACAAUAUAAACAAACAGCAUAAAACACAUAUAAAAACAAAAUAGUGAUUUUUGUUAGUCGUUUUUAUUUUCUUUCAUUAACUGAUACACUGUCAUUCUGCACAGCCUUUACUUAGUUAAUAGUGUUUUAGAGCCUGGUGUUUUUUUUAAAUAAUGAAUAAUAACUUUUUUUAUAUACAGAAACUCAACUUAGAGUACAUUUUGCACAGUCUGGUUUGUGGAAACCUAAGUAUCACUAACAUCAUUGUGCAUCACUCUCCCCAUAAUAAAUGUUUGUAAACCAUUCAUGGAGGCAUCUGUCCAAUCACGGUCCACACCAUGUACAACACAAUCUGACCCUGUGGGACAGUGAAUGGCUGGAGCAGCACUUUGCUGCCGUCAGUGAUGUGGAAACUGCACUGAACUAGUAGUAGAUAAACAGUCGAUGACAUUAUACAUACACUGUAUAUUCAUAUCAGUUUCACACAGACUGACUUGGGGUGAGAGAGUGGGAGAAAUACAUGUGGCCUCCAUCUUCUGAAAUGGUAACUCAAAAAUAAAUCACAUUAAUGACCUGAAUGUCUAAAUGUCUUUUGAAAUAAUAAAUGUUAAGUGUCAAUGUCCUCCCUGCUGUAAUAUUUAAAAUACAGUAUGAUGUCAUACAGAAUGAUGGAGAAUCAUUGCAGUAUACUUGCAUUGUUUUUUUUAUUUCACCUGCUACUUUUCCAUUACAUUUCAACUUGUUCCAUUUGCUGAAUAAAGUCUUUAUUUUUUCA